AUGGCGCGCAAAGAACGGGCGAGUGCGUCCACGGCGUUAGCGGACGUGGCGUGGAUGGCGGGCGUGGCGACGUGCAUCAAGGUACUGCUGGUGCCGGCGUAUCGCAGCACGGACUUCGAGGUGCACCGCAACUGGCUGGCCAUCACGCACUCGCUGCCGCUCUCGCAGUGGUACGAGGACGCGACGAGCCAGUGGACGCUGGACUACCCGCCGCUCUUCGCCUUCUUCGAGCGCUGCCUCGCGCUGCUCGCGUGCCGCGUCGACCCGCUCAUGACCCACCUCGUUAACGGCCUCGAACACGCCAGCUACGCCACCGUGCUGUUCCAGCGCGUAUCAGUGAUGGGCACGGACUGCCUGCUCGCCGUGGCAGCGUGGCGCUGCACGCUCGGCCUGCCCUCUCGGGCGCACCGCAACGUGGCAGCGGGGGCGGUGGUGCUGUCAGCAGGGCUGCUGCUGGUGGAUCACAUGCACUUCCAGUACAACGGCAUGCUGCUUGCAAUGCUGCUACUCUCCCUCGCCCUCCUCGCUGACGGGAGGCACGUGUGGGCGUCACUCACCUUUGCGUCUCUCUGCUGCUUCAAGCACCUCUUUGCCGUCGCUGGUCCCUUCUUCCUCGUCUUCCUCCUCCGCCACCACUGCUUCCCUUCACCCCCCGCCGCCGCUGCACCGCACACCACCACACACAACAGCUCCAAACCGCCCAGACGCAUUUCCCCUGGUGCGAAACAGCAAUCCACUUCAGCCUCGGCGCCAGGCAGCUCCAUCCCCCUCCUCACCUCGCUCGCCCGUAUAGUCACACUGGGAGCAGUGGUCGUCACAGUGCUGCUUGUUUCCUUCGCCCCCUUUAUAGUCACAAACCAGAUGCCCAACCUGAUCGCCCGUCUGUUCCCCUUCGGCCGCGGCCUCAUGCACGCCUACUGGGCGCCCAACUUAUGGGCUCUCUACACUCUCGCGGACAAGCUCCUCGCUGCUGCAGCUUCGGCAGCAGGCUCGUUAAUAGGGUCGGCAGGAGGUCCGGCGUUGGGAAUGAAGGGCGGCUGGACCCGGGGGUUGGUGGGGGAUGCAGUUGGGUUCAGCGUGGUGCCACAGGUGACGCCGCUGGUGUCUCUACUGCUGGUGCUGGGUGCUAUGGCGCCCGUGCUGCUGCAUAUAUGGCUCCGACCCUCCGCCUACAUCUGUGGUGCUGCCAGUGACGCUGCUGACAGGGAUCGUGCAGACAGGAAUGUUGGUGAGAGGGAUGGUGGCGAAAAGGGCGGGAGAGAGGGUAGAGGGAGUGAGCCCUAUGACACGCCCACAGGGGAGCGGCGGCGGUGGAGCAUACAGGCCAUAGCAGCAGCGCUGGCGCAUGUGUUUCUGAGUGCGUUCUUACUGGGAUGGCACGUGCAUGAGAAGGCAGUGUUGCAUUUCCUGCUGCCGCUCUCCCUCCUCGCCUCCGCCUCGCCUGCAUGGGCGUCUGAGUUCCUCAUUCUCGCCACCGGUGAGUGCAUGCUGCUAGCCCUUCUAUCACUCUCUCAACUUUGA